AAUGGACAAUUCUCAAACGGACAAUUCCAAAUUAGAAGCAAGUGUGAGGUGUCUUUUUAGUUGAACAUACGUUCACGUUUACACCAACGUUUAUACAAACACACUAUAAACACCCUUGGCCGUUGUGUUUUGAAAGAAAAGAAAGCUGCUCUAGGAAAGGGUGGAGUCGUGGAGAGGAGUUGUGAAAAGAUAAGAGAAAAGGGUGAAGUUCUUGGAGACAGCAUAUUUGCAAUAGCUGGCUUGAAAGUUGAAACUGAAGAUGGGAGAAGCUACAGAAAGGUAUGCAGUUGUGACAGGUGCAAAUAAAGGAAUUGGAUUGGAGAUAGUUAGGCAAUUAGCUUCAGCUGGAAUCAAGGUGGUUCUGACAGCAAGAAAUGAGGAAAGGGGUCUCCAAGCACUGCAGACACUCCAAGCCUCUGGUCUUUCUCACCUUGUUCUCUUUCAUCAACUGGAUGUGGCUGAUGCUACAAGUGCAGCUUCUCUUGCUCAUUUCAUCAAAUCUAAAUUUGGAAAACUUGAUAUUCUGAUUAAUAAUGCAGGGAUCGGUGGAAUGGUAACUGAAGAUGCUGAUUUAAUCAAAGCAAUUAUCAUGAAUCGUGGGGCAAUAUCAGAAGAUGAUGGGAGAAAGGGAAUUACUCAAACAUAUGAGUUAGCUAAAGAAUGCUUGCAAAUAAAUUAUUAUGGAGCCAAAAUUACUAUAGAAUCCCUUAUGCCCCUCCUCCAGUUAUCUGAUUCACCAAGAAUUGUGAAUGUAUCAUCCUUCAUGGGGCAGUUAGAGAGUUUCACAAAAGGAUCAUGGGCUAGAGGAGUCUUCAGUGAUGUUGAUAAUCUUAGUGAAGAGAAAGUGGAUGAAAUAUUGAAGGAGUUUCUUAGAGAUUUCCAAGAAGGUUCAUUUGAAAGUAAAGGUUGGCCUAGGUACCCGAGUGCCUACAUUGUCUCUAAAGCUGCUAUGAAUGCCUAUACUAGAAUCCUUGCUAAGAAAUAUCCCUCAUUUUGCAUCAAUAGCGUUUGCCCUGGUUAUGUCAAGACACAAUUAACUGCUAAUACUGGCUUCUUAACGGCUGAAGAAGGUGCAGCUAGUCCUGUGAGGCUAGCAUUGCUUCCCAAUGGUAGUCCAUCUGGCCUUUUCUACAGCCAGAGUGAUGUCGCUUCCUUUUGAUUUGUAAUCCAAUCUUUAUGGUUUCAGGACAAAUUGCUUGUCAAUUUAUGAUUCCAUGUUACACCUUUUCUAUUCAGCCUAUUUUAAGCACAUUAUAUCAUGUUGUAUUUACAUUAUAUCAUUAUCAUGUUGUAUGUCAUUGACGAUGUCUUGGGUUAAU